GAGUAGUUUAAAGUCUCUCUUCGUCAACGGAGGAGAGAAGAACAACAAAACCAGCUCAGCUUAAGCUUAUUACAAGUGCCUUGUUCUCUAAACUCGUUUCAACUCCAGAAAAACUCAGAUCUCUCUUUCUCUCUCAAUUGACUAUCAAAGAAAAGAAGAAUUCUUGACUUUUUAAAAAACAAAGAGAAUUUUUUGUCAACUCUUUCCAACUUUUUUUCUUUUCCCACCAACCUAAGUAGAAGUAUACUAAUUUACUAGCUAAGCUUUAAGCCUUGUUUGGUGGUGAAGUUAAUACUUAUCCAUUUUUUAUUGAUUUAAUGGGGUGUUUUCAAUCAACAUUGGGCCCAUCCAAACAACCCCUUAACCACGCCAACGGUGGAAACGGAGGUUCCGCCGCUGUCGGCGACGGUGUUUCGCCGGGAUUCUCGGAGUUUUCGUUGGCGGAGUUAAAGACGGCCACCGACAACUUCAGCUCGAAAUCGAUUGUUUCCGAAGGUGGCGAAAAGGCGCCUAAUGUUGUGUAUCGUGGUCGCCUCCAGAACCGCCGCUUGAUCGCCGUUAAAAAGUUUUCUAAGCUUGCUUGGCCUGACCCCAAACAAUUUGCUGAAGAAGCAAAAGGAGUUGGGAGAUUGAGGCACAAGAAAGUGGCGAAUUUGAUAGGGUAUUGUUGUGAUGGGGAUGAGAGGUUGUUGGUUGCGGAAUUUAUGCCUAAUGAUACUCUUGCUAAACAUCUCUUCCAUUGGGAGAACCAAACUCCUGAGUGGGCGAUGCGAUUGAGAGUUGCUUUAUAUAUUGCUGAAGCACUGGAGUAUUGCAGCAUUGAAGGUCGCCCACUUUAUCAUGAUUUAAAUGCAUACAGGGUUCUCUUUGAUGAGAAUGGUGAUCCAAGAUUGUCUUGUUUUGGUCUGAUGAAAAACAGCAGAGAUGGAAAAAGUUAUAGCACAAAUCUUGCAUACACACCACCAGAGUAUCUAAGAAAUGGAAGAGUUACUCCAGAAAGUGUAAUCUUCAGUUUCGGAACAGUCCUUUUGGACCUUCUUAGUGGCAAGCAUAUUCCUCCAAGUCAUGCUCUUGACAUGAUACGAGGCAAAAACAUUCUUGUUCUAAUGGAUUCACAUUUGGAAGGCAACUUCUCUGGUGAAGAGGCAACGGCUGUUUUUAAUCUUGCCUCGCAGUGCUUGCAGUACGAGCCAAGAGAGCGGCCAAGUGUCAAAGACCUAGUUACAACACUUGCUCUGCUGCAGAAUAAAGCCGAUGUUCCAUCUUAUCUGAUGUUGGGAAUACCAAAGCCUGAAGAUGUACCUCCUACGCCUCCACAACCACUUUCUCCAAUGGGAGAUGCCUGUUCUCGAUUGGAUCUCACUGCUAUCCAUCAAAUAUUGGUUUCAACACACUACAAAGACGAUGAAGGGACUAACGAGUUAUCUUUUCAAGAGUGGACACAACAAAUGAGAGACAUCCUGGAGGCAAGAAAACGUGGUGAUUUGGCAUUCCGUGAUAAAGAUUUUAAGACUGCGAUAGAUUGCUAUUCACAGUUCAUAGAUGUUGGAACUAUGGUAUCUCCAACUGUUUAUGCUCGACGAAGUCUAUGCUAUUUGUUCUCAGACCAGCCCGAUGCAGCUCUAAGAGAUGCAAUGCAGGCACAAUGUGUAUACCCGGACUGGUCAACAGCUUUCUACAUGCAAUCUGUUGCUCUAUCGAAACUCGACAUGCACAAAGAUGCAGCCGACAUGUUGAAUGAUGCUGCUCAAUUAGAAGAGAAACGACAACGCAGUAUGAAAGGAAGCUGAUUGUAUAAUUCUUUCAUAAUGGGUUCUCUGUCGUUUGUUUUAGUCUUAAUAGUUCAGAGGGGUGUAUGUAUUACUCUUGCAUUUUGAUGCUGUACCAUAGAGAGGGAGAGUUGUAUUUAUUUUCUUGUGGUGCCAUUAUUUAGUAUCCAAAUUCAUUAUAAAAAUAAUUUCUUCUACUUGUAUUAUGUACAUUUUCAAAACUAUAAUACAACACAAUUUUGGGAA